AUGGAAAGCACAAGAGAACUCAGUCUGGCAGCCAAAGACUUUCGGGAUUUCAACCGCGGCUCACGUCGCGCGGCGAACUUGUGCCUUGUGACAGGCCUUUGGCAAGCGUGCGCGGAAGCGCGGUCAGCGCCAGAAGACGAAAGCGCGGUGAUACGGCAAACUGUGGCGGAUGAGGUCAGGAGCGAGACGAAGGGCCGUAAGAGAAGAGUGUAUUCUUUUUCGGCUGCUGUGGGUUCGUUUCUGUGCGUCUGCCGCGGACAAGCGUCAGCCUGCAGAGCGCUGCUCCCCGCGGGUUUCAAGCCUCGCAGUGCGAAGGCCUCAGCACGCUAA